AAGCCCGGAGGGAUGUGGAGGCGCCGGCUCGGGAGGCUGCUGCGGGGCGCAGGGCGUGGGGGGCGCCGGCUCCCCGCCCCCCGCGGGCUCAGCGUCCCCCCGGCCCUGAGCAGAGAUUUCCUAACCACCACAAGCAAAGAAGGAUACGACGUGAGACGGGUGGACCUAACUCCUUUAGAACAGAGAAAGUUGACUUUUGAUACCCACGCGUUGGUUCAGGACUUGGAAACACAUGGAUUUGACAAAGCACAAGCAGAAACAAUUGUGUCAGCAUUAACCACUUUAUCAAAUGUCAGCCUUGAUACCAUCUAUAAAGAGAUGGUCACCCAAGCUCAGCAGGAAAUCACUGUACAACAGCUAAUGGCUCAUUUGGACUCCAUCAGGAAAGACAUGGUUAUCCUAGAGAAAAGUGAAUUUGCAAAUCUGAGAGAAGAAAACCAGAAAAUGAAAAUUGAAUUAGAGCAAGUUAAGCAACAACUGAUAAAUGAAACCAGUCGAAUCAGAGCAGAUAAUAAACUGGACAUCAACUUAGAAAGGAGCAGAGUGACUGAUAUGUUUACAGAUCAAGAAAAGAAACUUAUGGAAGCAACCACAGAAUUCACCAAUAAAGAUACCAAAACCAGAAGUAUUAUUUCAGAGACGGGUAAUAAAAUUGAUACUGAAAUUGCUUCUUUAAAAACACUGAUGGAAUCCAACAAGCUUGAGACAAUCCGUUACCUUGCAGCCUCGGUGUUUACUUGCCUGGCAAUAGCAUUGGGAUUUUAUAGAAUCUGGAAAUAACAGAGAGUCACGGCAUUGUACUCCUUUGUGCUACUGUUUACCAGAAGACUUUUCCUGGAAAGAUUUUUUUCUUGAAUAUAGAAAGUUGCAACAGAUUUAAUACACGUUUAUACAGAGUACACGUGGACUAGAAAAGAAGUGUUUCAUACUGGAUGAAUUACUUUAUCUUAUUUUGUAUGUAUCUAUUUUAUUAUAUUGAAAAGUUGACAUUCCAAACCUGAUUAACAUGCAAUAGGACUUUUGUUUUUAACCUUUUGAUAGUGCUUGUAAACAAUCAGAAAUAGAAAUGGUACAGAAUUGUUUUAUA